GGGUGGGGUGCAUUAGGCCGUCUCGAUUAGUGUCACGUUCUAAAAGAAAAGAGUCCCCAGCUUCCAGCUCCUUUUUUUCAUACGGCACCUCUAUGACACAUCAUGGCAGCAUCAAGGAGCCAUGGCCGUCCAUGCUCCCACUCCGACAGCGGUACUUAUCAGCGAGUGGCUGCUGCUCUCCAUCGCUGCGGCCAUGAUCCUCGCCCGUCUGUGGCUGCGAAUCAGGAUAAACCGCCAGAGACUUCUGCUCAGCGACGUCUUCAUAUGUCUAGCGUGGUUCUCUGCCGUGGCCUCCGCAUCGGUCGACGUCUACUUGAAGUGUGUGGGUAUCCUCCGCCAGGAUGAGGAUGCCUUCUUACAGAUAUACGACGGUGACCCUAAAACCCGGCAAAGUGCAUUACUGUACUUUUGGGCUGGCACCUUCGCUUUCUUUACGGCCUUCUGGUGUAGUAAAAUGGCCAUCUUAGCCUUCUAUCUACAGGUCUUUCCUCCGGUCUUUCGGAUCUACAGAAUCAUCAUAUGGCUUGUCAUCGCGUACUCGGCUUCAGGAUAUAUUGUGGCCAUGGCGUUGAACUUGUUCUUGUGCUGGCCAUUGCAACGAAACUGGGCUACCGACCAAACUGCUUGUAUCGCAGAAAUACAAGUCAAAAUUGGCUGGAGGGUUGGGUGGGCUCUACACUUCUCCUCCGACGUGAUCAUAUUUGUGCUCCCCUUUAUGAUAUUGCGUAAUCUCCGGAUGGACAAGUUGGUCCGGUUUGGAGUAUACUGUACCUUUGGGCUAGGCGCUAUCAACAUUAUAUUCUGUUUGGUACGAUUCCUGGUGGUCGAAGCGUCGACAGAUAUCGACAAUGGAAAAAUGGUACCAUUGACUCUUCUUGAGCUUUGGAGCAGCACCGACUGCAACAUAAGCGUUAUAAUUGCCUGUAUGCCGGCUCUUCGCCCUUACUUACGCUUGAUACAUGCGCGCUAUGGAAGAACCAUAUCAAGUGGUCCAACAUCAAGCCCCCGAGGCCCGCGAAUAGUGCCUAGGGCCCAUCUAGAUACGUUAGAGUUAUAUACUGUUACCCGCGGCGUUGAUUGGGAACGUGAGUUGCCAGCGGACCAAGCGAACACCUCUGGCGAGCCGGGCAUGAGCGACGAUGCGACCAAUGUAAUCUCAAACAAUCCUGGUGAAAGGCAGGGCAAGCAUACAGGAAGCCAAGUGCGGCUGGUGCAGGUUGGUGAGUUAUAAAGAACGAGAGAAAAGGGUCCAUAGUCUAAUAAAACCCCAAGCGUCUGCGUACUCGAUUUA